UCUCUCCCAAUGACAGGACUGCAAUGCUACUUCCCUUAAGCCUGUCUCAACUGCAAUCAUGACAUUUAAUGGUAGUUGGAAAGUAGACCGAAGUGAGAACUAUGACAAGUUCAUGGAAAAAAUGGGUGUCAACAUAGUGAAAAGGAAGCUUGCAGCUCAUGACAAUUUGAAACUGACAAUCACACAAGAAGGAAAUAAAUUCACAGUGAAAGAAUCAAGUGCUUUUCGAACUAUUGAAAUUGUUUUUGAUCUUGGCGUCAACUUUAAGUACAGCUUAGCAGAUGGAACUGAACUCAGUGUGACCUGGAAUCUGAAGGAGAACAAGCAGUUCCUCCCUAGCUCGCAGCCUAGUUUCAAGGUCACCUUCUUGAGAUUGCAGGUGAAACAACUGGUUCUCUUCACACAUUUCUGGUACAUGCACGACCCUCUAAAGAAAUAG